UGCUACCAUCGUAGAUCUUCGAAAUUGGUGAUUAUUAUGCAACCGAGGAUAGGAUUAUCCUGGAUAGGAUGAUUGCACAAUCACUUACGAAAGUGCCAUCGUACGUGUUGCUUGCUUACUCAGGUUCAGUAGUUACCGGUGUUUUCUUGUCAGUGUCGACUGUAUCUGAUUUUUUGUCUCCGAUAUGUAUAGCAUGCUGGAUGCCUGUGGGAGUGGAGAGUUGGGACACAACAGUGCGCGUUGCCCGAUGCUAGAGGUGCAUUUCUCAUAUUACUUUGCUAUUCUCCCGACGUUGGCAUUAAUGUAUCGAAU